AUGUCCGGGCUGCGGGCCCUCCUGGGGCUCGGGCUGCUGGUCGCGGGCUCGCGCCUGCCGCGCGCACGAAGCCAGGCAGACGCGUGCCGCGCAGGACUCCCGGGCUGGGGAGCGCAGCUGCUGAGCUCGGCCGGCCGUGGGGACCCGGAGGCCAUGGCGGGCAGGGCGGUGAAAUACCUGAGCCAGGAGGAGGCGCAGGCCUUGGACCUGGAGCUAUUUAACGAGUACCAGUUCAGCGUGGACCAACUCAUGGAGCUGGCCGGCCUGAGCUGCGCCACGGCCAUCGCCAAGGCCUAUCCCCCCACGGCCCUGUCCAAGAGCCCCCCUGCCGUCCUGGUCGUCUGUGGCCCGGGGAAUAACGGAGGAGACGGCCUGGUCUGCGCGCGACACCUCAAACUCUUUGGAUACCAACCAACCGUCUAUUACCCCAAGAGACCCAACAAACCACUCUUUACCGCACUGGUGACUCAAUGUCAGAAAAUGGACAUCCCUUUCCUGGGUGAAAUGCCUUCGGAGCCCAUGAUGAUCGAUGAGCUGUAUGAGCUGGUGGUAGAUGCCAUCUUUGGCUUCAGCUUCAAAGGCGAUGUCCGCGAGCCAUUCCGCAGCAUCCUGAGCAUCCUGAAUGAACUCACUGUGCCCAUUGCCAGCAUCGACAUUCCCUCAGGAUGGGAUGUGGAGAAAGGAAACUCUGGAGGGAUCCAGCCAGACAUGCUCAUCUCCUUGACGGCACCCAAAAAGUCUGCAACCCAGUUUACCGGUCGCUACCAUUACUUGGGGGGUCGUUUUGUACCACCUGCCCUGGAAAAGAAGUACCAGCUGAACCUGCCACCCUACCCUGACACUGAGUGUGUCUAUCGUCUGCAGUGAGGGAGGCAGGUGAGCCUGCUUCUCAAUAAAGACAGUCCCCCCUCUCCCAGAACUG